AUCUCCCAACUACUUAACCUCGAUUUCAUCGAACUCCACUCUUCACUCUCUUCAAAUCUCCAACAUCAAUUCCUCUCAUUUCCGCUUCCUACCGAUAGAGCUCGAUCAAGAUUCGAUUUUUUUUCACGCUCAAUCACGAGAUUAGGUUGAUCUGAAAAUGGACUCUGCGGCCAUGACAUUUUGCAGCAAUUCCGUCUGCUCGCGUCCCGGCUUAUUCAUGGAGGCUACACCCGGAAUCAGGAGCUCCCAGUGUAGCUUCAUGGCAGGGAAUAGGGUUAAUUUCCCUCGUCAGAGAGUCCAGGCUUCUCGAGGUGGUACUAAAUCUGGAAAGCGUGGUGGAGCGCUUGCUGCUACUUGCCGUGGUGAUAAAAUUCUAGUGGCUAACCGUGGAGAGAUUGCUGUCCGUGUCAUUCGGACAGCCCAUGAAAUGGGAAUCCCUUGUGUGGCGGUUUACUCAACAAUCGAUAAAGAUGCUCUUCAUGUGAAACUUGCUGAUGAGGCUGUUUGCAUUGGUGAAGCACCGAGCAGUCAAUCUUACUUGGUGAUUCCAAAUGUCUUAUCUGCUGCCAUCAGCCGUGAUUGUACUAUGCUGCAUCCCGGAUACGGGUUCCUUUCUGAGAAUGCUGUUUUUGUUGACAUGUGCCGAGAGCAUGGAAUCAACUUUAUUGGACCAAAUCCUGACAGCAUUCGGGUAAUGGGUGACAAGUCAACUGCCAGAGAAACGAUGAAGAAUGCUGGAGUUCCAACUGUCCCUGGAAGUGAUGGGUUGUUAAAGAGUACUGAAGAUGCAAUUAAACUUGCAGAUGAGAUCGGCUAUCCUGUCAUGAUAAAGGCUACGGCAGGUGGAGGAGGACGCGGAAUGCGCCUUGCGAAAGAGCGCGAUGAGUUUGUGAAGUUGAUGCAGCAAGCCAAAAGUGAAGCUGCAGCUGCAUUUGGUAACGAUGGUGUGUACCUCGAGAAAUAUAUCCAAAAUCCAAGGCAUAUUGAGUUUCAGGUUUUGGCUGACAAAUUCGGUAACGUCGUACACUUUGGGGAGCGUGAUUGUAGCAUCCAGAGGAGAAAUCAGAAAUUGCUUGAAGAAGCACCUUCUCCUGCAUUGACACCGGAGCUUCGGAAAGCCAUGGGUGACGCGGCAGUUGCAGCAGCUGCAUCCAUAGGCUACAUAGGAGUCGGUACAGUCGAAUUCCUUUUGGAUGAAAGAGGCUCAUUUUACUUCAUGGAGAUGAACACUAGGAUCCAGGUCGAGCACCCCGUCACUGAAAUGAUAUCCUCUGUUGACUUAAUCGAAGAGCAGAUCAGUGUUGCACGUGGUGAGAAGCUCCGAUACGCACAGGAUGACAUUGUGCUCCGUGGACAUUCAAUAGAAUGUCGUAUUAAUGCAGAAGACGCUUUCAAAAAUUUCAGACCCGGACCAGGGAGAAUAACUACUUAUUUGCCCGCUGGAGGUCCGUUUGUGCGAAUGGACAGCCAUGUUUACCCGGAUUAUGUAGUUCCACCGAGCUAUGAUUCCCUUCUAGGAAAGCUUAUUGUCUGGGGUCCGACGAGGGAAAGGGCAAUCGAGCGCAUGAAAAGGGCUCUUAACGACACUAUCAUUACAGGUGUUCCAACAACGAUCGAUUACCAUAAGCUGAUCCUAGAAGUAGAGGACUUUAAAACUGGGAAGGUGGACACUGCUUUCAUCCCAAAACACGAAGAAGAGCUCACUGCUCCGUACCCGGAUGAGCCUGCAACGAGCCGGAAAGAGUUGAUCAACGCAGCUUCUUCGUAAGGUGGUAGGCUAUUAAGCUUUGGUGGUGUAGCCAUGCUCAAUUCUCAAAUGUAUGAAUGGAUUUAUGUUUCGGUUUAUCUCUUCAUUUCUUUGUCAAAUGAGCUUUAUACUAAUUGGUUUGCAUUCAUCAUUGCUUUUUGGUAGAAAACUAAAUAUUAGUAGCACUUUGAGAAAUAAUUUAUUGCUUCUAUGUUCUUUUGGAAA